AUGUCCGCCCUUCCGCCUGUCACUGAGAUUUCGCAUCAACCCCUUGCAUUGAUUUAUCCUCUCAACUGCCACCGUUCUCCAGCCUACGCACCGGAGCGGUGGUGGGCGUCGCCUUCGGAUUCGCCCGCGCUGCAAUACCCUUACGGUGACCCCGAAAGCUCCUACCGCCCGGCUUCGCUGAGCGCUCCGUUUUCGUCACGGAGUUGGUCCACUCCUGACACCGCACCUUCGCGUGCGCGAACCGUCCGGUUUGCAUCCCAGAGAUUGACCCAGAAUUAUUCCCCUCCAGGGUCAAUCACCCGGCCCGAAUCCGACCUAUCUAGCGCGGCAACUUCGCCUGUGCCCCAGCUUGUUUCUGAAGGACGAACUGGUGCUCCAGGUGCCGAGGGCGGAUUGGCCAAGCAGUUCUCAAUCGCUGGACAAAAACUGCGUCUCGCCUCGUCGGUCUAUCCGGAACAAACGCGGUCGCCAUAUUCUGGCGUCACUUUGGAUGCUGCGAGAAGUCGUUCGGCGUCGCCAUCUGCUCGACACAGAGGCAUAUCUUCCAUUAGCCAAGCUGGCAGCGGGCCGGCGUCUUCGCGGACUUCUGGUGGAGCAACUGGUACCUCUGAUACGACGUUGAAACGAACCACCACGCUGCCUGGUUCACGAGAGGACAACAUGAGUAGCUUUUCCACGAUUGCACAGUCGGCGCCAGUGGCUCUAGGGUCGAGAGACCAGGGAUUCUCCGACUCCUCCGGAGAUCAGGAAGCCGCAAGAUUCUCCCGCUCUGCGCCGCGUACAUUCUUUGAUUCAUGCGCCCGAGAUGUGAAGACCCCUCCGGGCGCAUCUUACGCAGGGGAGGCGGCAAGAGUCUGUGGACAGGCUGGCGCGGGUUUCACGACAAGUCCAGGAGACUUCCUCGGAGCUGGACAACUGCCAGUCCCCUCCCAGUCGGUGAUGCGCCACACAGACGCUCGGGGCGGUCAGUUCGAGAGCGGCGGGCCGGGGGAUCUUCAGGAAAGACAGGCUCAACUGCAGAUGGAACUGAAAGCGCUGCAAGGGCGGCAGCAGCAACUGCUCAGCCAGCAAGCUCGGCAACUGUACCACCAGAAAAUGCAGCGUCCCUGGCUGGUCCCCUGCAAAGUGUCUCCCGACUCCGCACGCGUGGCCACACUCACCAUCCUUCCGUCCAAAGAGAACGGGAAAAGCGGCAGCUCUGAGCGCAGCGGCAGUUGCCCGAUUUUCUCUCGAUGUGGCAGGAGUGCACGCAGUCGAAGCAACAGCACGCGCGCCCGCCGCAUCGGGGUGUACGUACGCCCGUCAGAUACAGCAAACGUCCAGCCGGUGGCCACAGCGCCAGGGAUGAGUCCGGAGACAAGGCAGCCGGCAUUCUACCCUUCCUGGUCAUGGGGAGGCGCGGCGUUCCCGCAGUGCAUGGGCCCAGCUGAUCUUUCUUGGGACGACGGGACACGGUCAGGAAAUGCUGCCUGUCCCCUCGUGCUGAAAGUCGACGUCGUGCCGUCACAGCCUGAAAAGCCUCCGGAGGAAAAAGCGGAGGAGUGGAAGAAAAGCCUGUCUCUGGGUGUCUCCAGUUCAGCUGUGUCAGCCUCCGAAGCGGCAGAACCCGACCCGCGAAUGGAGCAGAUCUUGAAGGAGAAUGACGCCCUCCGACAGGACAACGCGUCGCUGAAGGCCCAGCUCGAACAGGCUCAUGCAGAGGGCGUCGGUCGACGCCUCGCCGCAAUCGACGCCGCACGUCGAGCGCAGGUUGAUCUGUACGGGGAAGACAGUGUCAUGUGGGAACAGGAACUGGACAACCAGAAACUUCGCCGCCAGAUUGCGGAGUUGGGAGCCGCGCUCUAUGCAGCCACGGAAGACGGAGAUUUCCGACUCGCCACUGAGGCCCUCACACAGCAACUGACUGAUGCCCACCAUGAGAUUUCCGUGCUGAAGAAAAUGAUGAGGUCCGAGGCAAACGCAGCAGCCAGGCAUUCGAGUUUCCUGAACGCCUUGGGGUGUCGGGACACAUCAGAUGCCGCGACGUUGGGCGCCAACGACAUUUCUGUUCGCGAAGCUGCAGUUGAUUCUCUUCUUAGUCAAGGGAAACGUGUCACAACUCAGGGCAGGGAGAAGGUCUGGGGCGCCCUCAGUUCCAUGAAGGAUCUCGUCGACCAAGUCUUCGACCGCAUGACCCGUCUGCUGACCAGCACCUGUACCAUGGAGGAGAAAGUCAAGUAUCUCGAGGGUCUCCAGGUGCUUGUCGUCAGCAGCCUUGAUGGAACGCUUGAUGCUUACGAGGAACUUGCGGCGACAUGCAGCAAAUUUGACCAAAUACGCGCGGUUGUCUUUGACCCCAAGCGGAACAGUCCUUACUGCCCAUGCAGGCCGCGGCGCCAAGUCCUCGAGGACGACCUGAAGCAUCUCUGCCUGCAGAACAAAGACGCUGCGGAGAAGCUGCGGCAGCUCCGAGCUCGCAUAGUCAAAUUGGAAAUGGAGAACUUGCGGUUUUACGUCAAACACCCAGAGGAACCCGGGAUGCAGCCUGAGGCACCGCCAGUGUCCCGUGCUGUCGCCAGCCAGGGCGUCAAAGCGCGAGGUGCACUGUGCCGCUUGCAGUCGCCAGUGAAAAGAGACAGUCCCCACAGAAACGACUCUGCGGUCGCCGAGGCCACCCGCGACGACAGUGACACAAGUGAAGAAAGUGUUUCAGUGACCAGGAAACCGGUCGAGACGCACCGCAAGGCGCCAUUCGAGACGAAUCGCAAGACAAAGCUGUUGCGCAACAGACAGGAAGUGUUUCCGGAUCGAGACGAAGUCACGCCGCAUCAGUUCACCACGAUGAUCAAGAAGCUGCAGGACGAGAUCGACCGCCUGAAAGACGAGAGGCAGUUCGACAGGACGAGGGACGCCGAGCGGGAGCAAUACCUCACCUAUCGCGUUUUCAAUAAAAAUCACAUUCUUCAAGACAAGCUGAAUGAACAAGAUCGCCUGCUGGCGCGACUCAUGCAGAUGAUCGAGGACAGGGACCGCAUGUCUGCGGCGGCAAGCGCGGUCACGCCGACCCAACGUGCCCAGUGCCGGGCGCUGCAUGAGGACAUUGAGGAAAGCAGGACUCUGAUACGCCAGUCCUCUGCGGCACUCCGGGAGGGCCAGGCUCCGGCGCCUCAGGUCUUCGAAAACCUGUUGACCCGGCUCAGGAGCCUAAAACCCGGCAGUCUGAAUGACAUGACUGCAGAAGAGCAGGAAUUGCUGGAGAUGAUCAACCGCCAGGCAUAUCAGCUUCGAAAGAUCCAUGAGGCAGUCACUGAGUUGACGGAUAACCCCUAG